AGAAAAAAUAAGUGACAUGGCAGCAGGGAGCGCUGUUAAGAAGAAAGCUAUAUAUUAAAAGAAAAAGAGGAAGAAGGAGAAAAUAUAAACUUAUGUACCCGAGGUAGAUAUUUCAGAGUGAAACAGUACUCAGGUUGGCAAUGUGCAGAUUAACAGUAAUGCAGCACAAUAAAGAAGGGAAGAGAUGAAAUGCACAAAAUGUCAACAUGAGUUAAUCCAAAUAUAAGUAAUAAAAGCAAUAAAACACACCCAAAUCACAUGAAAGCAGUUAGAUACGGAUACAAACUUAUGAGGAAAAUCCGGAAAAUACUUGUAGUCUAGGCCCAAUAUAAUAAUAACAGAGGAGUUUUAGUGCCUGUUUGGCCUCAAAAAGGAAAAUGCCCCCGCAGAAUAAGGUUUUUGUGGGAGGGUUAGAUUCCCUCCAUUUUACCUGGCAUGUUAACUGGCUUGAAAUAUUUUCACAUCUGUUCAUUACAGCACCAAUGGGUCCCAUGCAUAAACAUAAAGUACAAAGUGUAAUUUACAUCGGAGGCCAAACAAUAACAGAAAGUACACAGUUGUUGGCUCACAGCCUCUCCGCCCCGCACACAUCACAGCUGGCGGUUCCGUGACAGGCACCGGCCUGUCCCAGUUCUCCCAGUGUCUAUGUGGGUCCAGUCAGAGACGGGCGGCUCAUGUUCUUGUCACUGGUUCGAACCUGAAGGUCGUUAUGCGCAUCAGUGAUGCGGCUCCUGUAAUAAUAACCCCUCCUCCAGGUGUCACAUUGGAUUUUAAGCCGUCACGGUUGUAGAUCAUUAGCUCGACCAUCACUGUUAUCACUCCAGUCACUUUCUGUGCCGCAAGCACGCGCGCCCGCGCCCACUCGCCGCACACGCGCCUCGCUGCCUUUGUCAGCCUUGGCAACAAGGAGACGAGCCUCUCCCAUUGGCCUCCUCUCGGCGCUCGGCUGCCUUCGGUUCGUCCUCCUCGCCGCCGCUCGGGAGCGAAAAUGCCCGAAGACUGGCGCUGCUGCUGCGGAUGCAAGGGCAGCAGGGCUGGGUAGGGUCUGGCCUGAGUGCGCAGUGGAUGCUGAGGGAGAGAAAAACCUUGCUCGUCGUCGUGAUGGGUGUCUUGUUGAAAUGCAAUAGGCACAGACUGACGGAUGCACGCUUCAUCGUCAACUCGAGCCCCUCCGUGUUGUUUGGCAGCGGUCUGAUGAGGCCAAUGAGGAGCGUGUUCUGUUUCGCAGCAUCCCAGGCUUAAGACAAAUUGUUGCACCAGAUGCAGCGUUUCCCCCAGUUUCAGGUCAUCUCUCGGUGCAGAUUCCUAAUCACUCUUAAUCAUCAGUAAACCUGCAGGGGGGCACCAUGCUGACCAGUAUCACUGAGGGCAUACUGUGCUGCCUGACUGGAAAGGCAGCCAGCCUGGUUUUGCCCCUGGAGUCGACACAACCCUCCAAUGGUUUUGAGUUUGUGGAGGUGAAACCUGGAAGAGUCCUGCGUGUGCGACACAUCGUCCCUGAGCGUCAGCCCGUAGUAACAGAAGAGCAAGUGGCGGGCAAGGAGAAGAGCCAUGACUGCGAGGAUGAGAGCUCCCCUGAGGAUUUUCAGAACAAGAUCGAUACCAGCAGCAGUGUCCACUGCAAGAGGAAGAUCACCGUCUACCGCAACGGCCAGCUGGUGAUUGAGAACCUCGGUGAUGUUCUGCACUCUGAGAUCCUGCAGUGUCAGGAUGGGGAUCUGGAGCCGUGUAGCACUGUCGAGGUGGAGCUGGCUGACUACAAAGAGAUGCCCUCUUCUCCCGACCCCAACCCUGUUCCCCCUCCGGUCCCUCCUGCCCUUGGGGAGCAGAAACCUGCUCCACCUCCUCGCCGCCGCCGCCGUAAGCCCAAGCGCACGGUGCUGAUCGACUCGAAGAGGGUGAUCUCGAGCUGCAAAGGGACACACUCGGACGUAGCGCUGUUCUUCGUGCACGGUGUGGGAGGAUCUCUUGACAUUUGGGGCAGCCAGCUGGACUUCUUCUCUCGGCUGGGCUAUGAGGUCAUUGCGCCAGACCUGGCGGGACAUGGAGCCAGCACUGCCCCGCAGAUCGCAGCCGCUUAUACUUUCUAUGCCCUUGCAGAGGAUCUUCGUGCCAUCUUUAAGAGAUACGCUCGUAAACGCAACAUUCUCAUCGGCCACUCAUAUGGGGUGUCAUUUUGCACCUUCCUGGCCCACGAAUAUCCUGAUCUGGUCCAUAAGGUGGUGAUGAUUAAUGGAGGGGGUCCCACCGCUCUGGAGCCCAGCCUGUGCUCCAUCUUCCAGCUGCCAUCUUGUGUCCUGCACUGUCUGUCACCCUGCCUGGCCUGGAGCUUCCUCAAAGCUGGAUUCGCCCGUCAGGGUGCCAAAGAAAAGCAGCUGUUGAAGCAGGGCAAUGCCUUCAACGUGUCUCCGUUUGUCCUGCGAGCCAUGAUGAGUGGCCAGUACUGGCCUGAGGGGGAUGAGGUCUACCAUGCUGAGCUCACCGUGCCUAUCCUUCUGGUUCAUGGCAUGUGUGACAAGUUUGUGCCCAUGGAUGAGGACCAGCGCAUGGCAGAGAUCCUCCUGUUUGCCUUCCUAAAAGUCAUCGAGGAGGGAAGUCACAUGGUCAUGAUGGAGUGUCCUGACACUGUCAACACCCUCCUCCAUGAGUUCUUUCUAUGGGAGCCUGACAUGUCCAAAAAAGACAGCAGCAAGACAGACACAGAGAAGACUGUUGCUCUCACUGACACUCUCCACACACUGAAAAUCAAUAGGUCUAUGGACAAAUAACCAACAGGGAGUCUAGUUUUAACACGGAAACCAAGCAGAGGGCCUUUUUCGGCAGGUGUUCUUUAGGCUGCUCCCAGGCUGAGAGCUGUUAUAAACAGGGCCACAUCUUAAGGAUGCGGACGGCCACUGGUGCUCAAAGAUAAAGCAAGACUUAGGCAUGGUGCCAACCAGAGAGUGAUGGAACGGACAUAAAGAUGAGAGGAAUGGAUGCAAUUACACCGUCAGUUUGAGCUUCGCUUUUUGAUACCAGUUUGUGCUCCAUCCCGUCAUGUUUGGAAAACGACACAACACCUGGAGAUCAGAAGGACUUUGUCCAUUCGUGAUUUGUGUGUGUGAAUUGUUUCUGGUGAGGAGGUGACUUCUGCAAGGUGCAAAACGCAUCAAAUCCAUGAAAUGGUGUGUGAAUUUAGUCACAUUUUAUCUUAAAUAUUCUGUGCUGCAGAGCUGCUGUUUUACCUUUACACAAUGGUCUUACAUCUGCUUUCAGUGAGAAACUGGAGAUGUGAUAUGCAGUAACAUGAGGAAAUACAGAUCCGAUUCACUAGUAUGAAGGUGAAUGACAGCUUAUAGUUAAACUCAAGUGUUUAUAAUAACAGCCUUUUAUCAGAUACUUACUGGAUGGUAGUGGCAAAUGGGUUAAAGACCUUAACUAUAUACUGAUGUACAUGCAAAAUGUAAUUAAUAAUUGCACCACAUGAAUACAUAGACUACAUCAUGACAGAAAGUCAUUGCUCAUCUGCAAUACAGCCACCUAUUAACCACUUCCUUACAAUAUGCAGUGUGCACCAUCUCAAACACUCACACAGCUGUCAACAAUACAAUUGACUCAUCUCUUUCAAAAUGACAGCAAUUUAUUUUCAUAUAUAUUGAACUCUUACAUAAAAUCUAAAUCCAAAAAGCUAUGUGUGUCUAUGUUAAGCACAAUGUAACCAAUUCAUAGUUGCAUGAAAAUUAAGUAAUAUACAAAGGGAGAUGUGUGUGAACUGGUUGCAAACACAGGUGUGAACAAACAUGGAUGAGAAAAAGGGUAUUCUCCUAUCUUCUAGCAGCCAUUUCUGUAACAGUAUGUAAUAUCCUAAGGAUACAAAGUACUGGAGCCCUGCAUGACUUCAGAAUAUGAAAAGGUGUGAGGGUUGUUUCAGAUAAUAUAUUCUCAUAUUUAAAAGUCCCUGUGGGUUCCUCUCUAAUCAAAAAAAAGUGUUCCUUUAAAUGUGUAUGAAGUAUUAUUUUGCCUUUAUUUUGAAAUGUCAGCAACUGCCAUUAAAAAUUGUGGUUGUAUUGACCGCUUUAAGCUGAUAAAUGCAAAACUAGAGUGUGUUCCCCUACUACUCUCCAGUCCAACAUAUUUAUCUAAUGGUGUCAGACAGAGAGAAUGAGCUGAACAUUAUGCUCACUGGAAGACAUUCAUUCAUGGGUGCUGCUUUGUCUCAUAGUGGGACAGUAAGACGUGAAUAAAAGCACAGUGUGAUGUGUUCCCGGACAGCGCUAAUCUGCUGACUGGAUAUUUGAAACUUUUUUGAGUAGCAGCAGGUGUAAUCUGGUGGAUUUGAGACUGAGUGUCCAGAGCUUCAAAUGUCCAAACAUGAGUUAGCCAAAGGAGGAGGUCCCCCCAAAAAAGAGGGCCAUCUGGACUGAUCAUGGUGGUCCAUUAUAUAUGCAUUUUGACAGGAUGCGGAUGCAACAUGACUGGUCUUAUGCAACUGGAACAAAUAGUAAGAAAACAGAGUGGAAAUAAACUGACCUGGCACUGACACCUCAAAAACAUUAUAUAUUCUCUGUGGACUUUCCAAAUACCAACAAGUGCUGCUGAUGCAAUGUACUGUACGUCUCCUUUGGUGUAAAAGGUCAGUAAAACUGUAUGGACUACAGGGUGCACAUGUACUUCCUCUUAUGCUAAAAGUGUGCAAAUACAAAUUGUCAGUGCUCAUAUGUGCUAUAUCUUUUUUGUGGUUAACAAAAAAUGUGUUAAUGUUAUUGUUGCAUUUAUUCAUGGGAAUCAUAAUGUAUGCACUGCCUGAAUGUAGAUGCAUAUAACAUUAUAUAGCCUAUCGAAACCGUUGGAUUCAGUGUAUGAACGUGCCUUUCCCCGGCAUGAAAUAAAAACAGAUGUUCACAGUCUA